AUGGCAACCAUUCUUGGAUACUGUUCGUGCGGAAUACAAAAGGCUCUGGACAGAUUGCAAUCCACGUUGAUAUCCAAGGAUCUGGUUCGCAUAGCAAGAAUUGCGAGCUAUCGCGAAAACCCCAUUAGCUUAGAUAGCAAGCUAUUAUUAUAUCGCAUCGAAGACAAGCAGGAGCAAGAGGGUCCUUCCCAAGCAACACAAACCACAAGAAUCGUUAUUCACAAUCUUGUUCAGAACGCACAGAAACACGUUAUUGGCGGCGACACCGUCUUCAUCUCUUGGACAGAAUUCAGCCCAGAUGCUAGAAGCGUCGCCACUGUGUCUCGAGAUGGAUCUCUGCGCAUUUUCGACACCACAAGUGGUGAGUGUAAGCAAAAGAUCAGUCCGCCAAAAGGGCAAUAUUGGAAAGCCGAGUGGUCACCAGACUCCAAACACAUCUUACACUCCGGCUUGAUGAGAGAAAAGAACGAAGACCAGACCACCCGCCAGACUUACUAUCUGGCUGUGCAUUCGAGCGAGACUGGCGAGCAGGUCACAACGUACAGAAAUGAGAGAAUCACCAGUAGAGUGACAGGCAUAAUCACAGCCUGGUCUCCAAGGAAUGAGAUCGCCAUUGCGCAUGAGAUUAAUAUCUGGAUCUGGAAACCAUUCGAGGACAUCGUCUCCACAAACUGGUCUCUGAAGAUUGAGAACCCACUGAUGCGCGUAUUUGCCAACACUAUCGAGCUCAUGUAG